CUUCCUUUCCUUUGGUUGGUGGCUCUCGUCCAGUGGAUUUUGACGUCGUCCUUUGCCAGCUAAGUUCUUUCUCUCUUCUUUUCUCUGGUUUCUUUCCGUUGUUUUCUUUUCUCUCGCUGGAAUCCCUUUUUUUGGAUCCAGAUCCAGCUUCAAGAUCAUCCCUUUCCGGCUUGAUUUUGCUCUUUGCGUCGUUUUAAUUUCUUCCAGAUCCGACUUCCCAAAUCUGAUAUCUUGAUCCUUCUCUGUGAACGUACCUUCUCUAAUCCUUGAUCUACCCUGCUUGCUCAUAAUCGAACAGAUUUCUUGAUGUUUGCGUCUCUAAUCGCGUUGAAGACCAUCGUCUUCUAGCCCUGUAUGCAUUUCGCUGCUCUUAGCGUCUGUUUCCUCCACUCCUUCUCCGUCGUCCUCCUUUACUGGUCGUAUGUGAUCUCGUGAACUGGUAGAUCCAUUUCGAUUUCCAAUUUUUUUUACAUUUGUUUCCUUUUUUCUUUUCUAAUCCGAUCUCAAGUAACUUAGAUUCGUAAAUCGUAAUACCUUCCUACUACUAAGAACAAAAAAGCGAUGUCUUCCUUGCCUGCUCGACGAGCUUCGAGUUCCGAAGAGGAAACUCACCCUGCGAUCGACGAGAGGAAGCGUAAGAGGAUGCUGUCCAACAGGGAGUCGGCGAGGAGGUCAAGGAUGAGGAAGCAGCAGCGCCUGGACGAGCUGGUGAGCGAAGAGGCGAAGAUCAAGACCCAAAGCGCCCAAUUGUCUUCCCAAAUCCACGCGGUGACGCAGCGGUACGCGAAGGUAGAGUCCGAGAACGCCAUCCUGCGUGCGCAGCUCGACGAGUUGACGCAGAGGCUGCAGUCGGUCAACUCGGUGCUGCGCUUUGUGGAGGAAUUCAGCGGGAUGGCCAUGGACAUUCCAGAGAUGCCCGCCCACCCUAUUCUGAAGCCAUGGCAGCUUCCUUGUCCGGCGCAGCCAAUCAUAGCCAAUGCUGAAAUGCUCCAAUUCUGAGGCGUCACAGAUAACUGUUAGAGAUCUAUCAAAUGUAGAAUUUGCCUUCGUGCUUUGUGUCAUCCGUCCCUGCCUACGGCUUUCUUCAGUCUAUAACCUCUCUUGUCGCAGCAUCUGGUAGGUUUGUGUGUGUCUAUUGGAACAGUGUCUUCCAGCGAGGGUUUUGGUUUUCUUGGUAUGUAUCUGUAAAUGGGUGUGGUUUUGUUCUGUCCUAGCGUCCUUGUUAGGUCUUGAUAUGAUAUGUGCACUGGUUGUUCCCUAUAUGUGAUGAUCUGUGUUGGAAUAUUAUCAAUGGAAGUGAUUGAACAACUGUUCAAUGUGUUGAUGAAA